CAUUUUUAUCAUUCAUUAGCUAGGUACUUUUAAAGAUCUAGCAGAAACAGAAAGUAAAAAACUUCAGUUUUCGACGUUUCAUCAUUGUCAGUAACUGCCUUUUUUUCGAUUUCUAGUUUGUACUUUCUCAUCCCGUACUAAUAAUAAUACACUGAAUAAAUACUUUCUACACAAAUAUAAUAAGAAACCUAAUAAUGUCGGAAAAACAUUUGCAAACGGGAGACGACCUUCCAUCGCACAAUGGAAAAUUGCGUUUGUUUGCGAUGAGAUUCUGCCCAUAUGCUGAAAGAAGUGUUCUUGUACUAAAUGCUAAAAAAAUCCAAUAUGACUUAGUUUUUAUCAAUUUGGAUCACAAGCCAGAAUGGAUUUUUAAUUAUAGCCCCAAAGGCACUGUUCCCGCCUUAGAAUAUGAGCAGGGAAAAGCCAUAUUUGAUAGCAACAUCAUCAAUGUAUAUCUUGAUGAAAAAUACCCUGAAGUAUCUCUUCAGUCAUCAGAUCCGCUAAGACGUGCUCAAGAUAAAAUGCUUGUGGAGCAGUUUGCAAGUACUCAGUCGGCAUACUAUACAGCUGCUUUCAAUGCUCAAGCUCUUCAACCGAAUAUGGCUGAAAAUUAUCACAAGGGUCUGGAGUUAUUGCAAAAAGAAAUUAAAGCCCGUGGUACUAAAUUUUUACAUGGAGAUGAACCAGGCCUAGUUGACUAUACCAUCUGGCCAUUCUUGGAACGUUUUGAAGCUUUACCUCUACUGGGCAAGACUGAGUUUGCUAUUGAAAAGUCUAAAUAUGAAGUUUUGACCAAUUACAUGGAUGCCAUGAGGAACGUGCCAGCUGUCAAGUCUUAUGCCUUAGCUGCAGAUACUCACGCUAAAUUUACCGAAUCCCGAAUUAAGGGAGAUGCUAACUAUAACAUGUUGGAUUCAAGUGCAGUAUGCUGCAUGCGCCCAAGGAAGAAGAAGGAAUAAACUAUGAAACUUGUUACAAAUAUUAUGUAUUUAAAAAGUACUUACUCAUGUUAAAAAUAUUAUUGGUGCAUUUAAAUUGUAAUAAAAGUACAAUUUUAUGUAA